CGGGGAGCGGUUGCGGUGCGUGACGUCACGUGGCCACCGAGCGCGGCGGAUCAGUUGGUUUGGGAGGCAUUUCGGUUAAGAAGCACCGAAUCCGCCGAGAAACAUUACAAACGCGCGAGACUGACCUGGACUCCACGCCGCGCGGCUUGAGAGAGUUUUUCCAGCGGGUUCAGAUGCAGAAAUCAGCCGAAUCGUGUGCCAGAUGUGGACUGGCCUGUAGAUGAGCCGAGGUGUGCAGCGAUGGAGAGCGCAGCAGAGGGAAUGCUGGGAAGCGCUGAUGGGUUUGUUUGCGCGGUGGAUGGCGGCGGCGUCUCCGUCACGCUGGAGAACGAGUCGGUCUGGAGCCGCUUUCACAGCCUGGGCACCGAGAUGAUCCUGACAGCGGCGGGCAGACGCAUGUUCCCCUGCUGCCGCUUCCGUCUGACCGGCCUACAGCCCAGCCUCAGCUACCUCCUGAUCCUGGACAUCGCUCCUCUAGAUGACCUCCGACACCGCUGGACCGGGGAGAUCUGGGAGCCGGACGCAGCCGGCGAGACGCACCUCCAGAGUCCAGGGUGCUUGAGCGAUGGAGCGCUUACUGGCUUCAAGAUUAAUCUUGAGAAAACUCCCCGCGUGUGUGUCCACCCGGACUCUCCGGCUCCGGGUCAGCGCUGGAUGGACGGGCCCGUGUCCUUCUACAAGGUGAAGCUGUCUCACAGCUCUGAGGACGGAGACGCCGCUGUGGUUCUGUGUCCCAUGCACCGCUAUCAGCCGCGGCUCUGCGUGGUUCCCGUCAGCACCGGUCCCGAGCCGGACGUUCACGUCUUCACCUUCCCUAAAACGGCCUUCUAUGCGGUGACCAGCUACCAGAACCCGCUGAUGACCCGGCUCAAGAUCGACUGCAACCCCUUCAUGCUGGCGUUCAGAGAGGACGGGCCGAGCGCUCGGCUCAUUCAGAACAAACUCAAGCUGCCGCUGACCGCUCGCUCGCCGCCGCCGGCUGACCGCAGCUGGACACACACGCAUCAUGAAUCUGAGUCCAGUGAAGAGGUCAGGAAGCGUGAUGAGCCGCUCGUCAGAGAGGAAUCCGCUGUGGCCUCGUUAGCCCCUGGAUCUGCUGAUGAGGUGCGAUCGUCUCAGGGCAGACCUGGCGUCGGCCGCGGUGUGAAGCGUGUUUACCGCAGGGGCUGGAGGAGCGGUGCGAGGAAGGCCAAGGCCAAGUGGUGGACUAACGUGAAGCACAGAUGUGCAGCGGUCAGCAGCACCUCCGCAGCGUCCAUGCAGCCCGACCUGGAGCAGGUGGACGGCGUGCUGUUCGUGUCCUUCACUGCCAAGGAGGCGCUGGACGUUCAUGUAGGAGACACGAGGAGAUCCGUGGAAGCGUCUCCAGCGGAGAACCCAGCGCGUGAUGCAGAAGCCGCUGUGACGUCUGCAGACUGGAUCUGUGAGCAGGAGCUGGUCUUACUGCAGAAGCUCCAGCAGCUGAAGAACCGGCAGAUCAUUCAUCCUGCGCUUCAACAAGUUGGGAUGAAACUGAAUCUUCUGGAUCCAGCGGCACCCAUAGACCUGCAUUAUCUGGGUGUUGCGUUACCUUUGCCUUCACCUGUCCUCACAUCAUCCUCCCACGCCGCUUUCGUCUCGCGCGAUCUGACCCGGAGCAAAGGCUGGAUGGAGAAGUUUCAUUCAAAGAGCGCAGCCGACAGCUCCGGUCACUCGGCGUUCUCCUCGGUCCUGCUGGACGAGUAUCUGGAGACUGAAGGCCAGCGGAUCAGCGAACGCGCCGCCGUGUUUUCAUCCAGCGCUCCGUCUCCGGUGCUCUAUCAGCUGCCCGUCAAGAGCAGCAGCUACGUGAGGACCCUAGAUAGUGUGCUUCAGACGCGCGGCCCUGCUCCGUCUGGACUCCAGCGAGACAAGCGCACUAAAGCGUGGCGAUGCAGACGAGGUGUUAGAACGGCUCCGGAAGCCUCGGUGCGCUCUUCCUCCGCGAGGCUCCGAUGGAAACGCAGCGUCUCUGAAGAUCUCCCUCAGCAGCGUCCGGCGGCGUCCAGCGGCGCUCGCUCCAGACGCAGGGGAAGGUACCGGCGGCGGAGGCGGACGCUGAGGUUUAACAGAGACGCCGUGGAUGGAGCGCAGUCCUCUUCAUCCGCUCUGAAGCGCACGGAGCUGCUGGCUCUGGAGGAGCAGGCCGUCUCUCUCGGACAGAGUCCCACUCACGUCAGCGCUGAGAGAGCCGGCUUCGCUCUGAGCUCACUGCUGACCGCAGAGAGAGCGCUGAAGACGCGGCAGGUCAGGGAAGGUGUGUGUGUUCGAGACUUCUGCCGUCUGGGCUGCGUCUGCGGGAGUCUGAACAGAGAGGUGCGAGGAUCCGCUCACUGCAGACGCGUGCAGUGCAUGUUCAGCUGCGGCUGCUUCAAACACAAGAUCGUCCUCGUCCGCUCGGAGCGCAGCGCCAGCAGCCUGGUGGCCUUCCCCGUGGCUGGCCCCGGAUCAGACGGCAGGCCGGAGCCGGCGCUCAGGAUAAGCAGCCUGUGGCGGAGGAGAGCAGGAGAGAACGACCCCGAGCCGCUCUUCACUCCCAGAGCCGCCGAGCUAACGAGACGAGUGCCGCGCUACCAUGCCCCCGCGCCGCGGCCCCGGCCUCAGGUGCCGGAGACGGAGAAGGAUCCGGUGUACUUGUAUCUGGAGAGCAUGAUGACAUGUGCUCGGGUGCGAGAAUACAACAGCAACCCUCCGCUGCAGGUGCACUUACUGCCGGCGAGAAGAAGCGCUCCAGCACCUGAGGACACGGUCAGUGCCGUGUCUCAGCUGGGUCUCGCUGCGUCUCAGAAUCCAGGCGAGAGCUGUGAGGCGGGAGAGCCGGAGCCCACUAAAGUGCUGGAAAUCAUCUCGGGGUGUAACUGGGAGACCCAUCGGUCCCUGGUGCUCAAAGAACUCUUCCGCUGCAUCAGCAUGAACCACCUCGCAUCGGUCUUCCACAUCGACAUCUACAAAGUGGAGCUCCUCUCCAAAGAUCUGAAAAAAGACGAGUGCGGAUCCACGUUGAUUUACAAGGUCUUCGUGUCCCUCGGCCAGACGCCGGAAAAGACUCGUGAGCCGAGGAAGAAAGUGAAGAAACGAGAGGAGGCGUCACAUCCGAGGAGCUCUUCCUCUCAGAAAGUCAGCAAACUGAAUGUUAAUGAGAACCUGAACAUUUUACAGUCAAACGCACCUGAAGAGAAACAGGCGAAGCACUUUCCUCUUCUGUCUCGUGUCGUUCCCGCCGGUCAUCUGAAGGCUAACAAGAAGACGCUAGUGCGUUCUGGACCAAUAAAUGUCAAUGGAAAAACAUACGCUCAGGCUAAACUGAUCCUGGGCCGGAUGGGAGCGCUGCAUCCAGCCAAUCGUCUGGCAGCAUACGUCACCGGGAGGAUAAAACCACUGCCUCAAAACACGAGCCGAUCGCUUUCCAAAACACUUCAGGUCAGGACGCUCAAAGAGACGAGGGGUUCAAACCCCGCUCCAGCGAUCGAUCCCUCAGAACACACAGUGAGCCAAGCAAACCAGAGUAAAGCGGCAUUCAAAAUGCCCAUUACCCGAUCUCCGGCGAUGCCCUGGGCUCCUAAUGGCAUCAGACGCACACCUUCUCUCGGCGUUUCUAAACCCAAAUCGUCACCUAACCGUGGGCGUGGCUCAAACACGGUAGCGCCGCCCCUCUCUGGUGCGGAGACGGUUCUCCCGGCCUCGGCUCUUCCUCCGGGGCAGCAGGUGGUUCUGCAGCCGGUCGCAGGUAUGACGGGGGUCAACGUGUGUCAGUUUAACGGCCAGAUGAUCCAGCUGGUACCCAUCACUACAGCGUUACCUGCACCAGGAGGUGGUCAGCAGGAGCCACAAUCAGCUCAGAUGACCACAUCUAUGCCACGGAACCCAGCAGCUUCACAGAAGGCUUCAUCUAAAGCUCUUCCGUUCAUCGUGCCCAGAAUCCACGCAGUGCAAGGAAACAGCGGCUUUACCUUUGGAAGUGUUGCAGCUCCGGGUCUACAGAACGGUUUACUCGGUAAAGCUGGCAUGUUUUCCUUCAGAAUAUGCCCACCUUCUGCUGAGAGCAAGACCGCGGGUCUCGAACAGACAGGAAAUGCUCCGGAGUCGACAGGAACUGCUUCCACAUUGUUACUUCCCGGAGGAUAUAGGUUAAUAAAACUGCCCAUGUUUGUCAGUCCCAGCGUGAGCAUCCCGACCGCUUCUGAACCCGCCGAACCAUGCACCGAGAAAUCAACCGAAAAGAGCCAAGAGAGAGAAAACCCUGCUCAUGAAGACCCGACCACACACCAAUCCUCAGUCUCUAUUAAAACAGAACCAGGUGAAGAUCCAGCACCUGAUCGCAGUGGUCUGCUCUCAGAAGACGGUGCUCCAGUUAUCAUUAAAGUAGAGUCUUACAGCACCGACUCUUCAUCCAAACAUCCAUACAGCAGCGGCUCUGACCAGCCUGAGCCAGAGAACAGAUCUGUGCACAUUAAGAUCGAGGCCUGCCAUGAUACGGACCAAACAGAUGACGACCAGAACCCACAGAACAGCGGAGACUCGUCACACCACGUCAAAAUAGAGGAGACGAUCGCAGACAUCAAUCAUCCUCUGAAAACCUCUGAAGGCAGAGAUCGUAGCGUCAAAGAGACCGACAGAUCCUCCUCCGUGACAUGCUCUUUAUUUGAGGGUCGCUCCUCAUCGGUCUCGCAGAGUUUCACUGCUCCCUCUCACACUAGAACACCUGGACCCGGGCCUGCGGAGAUCCAGAACAGGAGGAGAAAACCACAGGCUUCAGACGAUCCAGGAGCGGAUUCUGCUGCACAAUUCAAUCAAUCCAGCAUGUACUCCAGUGACGGAUGGACCACAGAAGACAGCAACGAGUGGUACAGCGAGGAUGAAGUUGACAUCGAGACGUUUGAGGAGUACGAUGAGAAGAUGAACGUCACCCUCAUAAGAGCAAAGGCCAGACGGAAAACACAGCAAGCAGCUCAGCAUCAGUGGCUUCUGAAAUGUAAAUCGGUGGGAGCGGCCCAUCAUCCAGUGCGGCUGAUGUCUGAUCUGGCGCUGUAUAAGCGGACGUGGCGUCUGAAUCAAACGCUGAGAGAACGCAAGCAGCACGCUGAGUUGCAGCAGACUUUAGAGUCGUUGAAGAGGACGCUGGGAAUUGAAGAAGACGUCAUGAUGAGCACUCAAGACCUGCUGCGAGAGGCUCGUCAGAUGAUCGGAGCUCUCGAGGAUCACAGCACAUCUCUGAUGGCCAAGAAACGGGCGUUGAUCCGUCAGCACUCUCAUUAUCAGACUCUGAUCUCUCAGCGCUCCGGGACAGACGUGACAGGAACACAAUUAGAAAGGAAAACAGCAGCUCCUUCAUUACCCAGAAGUCUUCCGAGAUGCCUGCACACAGCCAGUCAGUGGUGAAGAGACGUUUGCCCAACGUGAUCCUGCAGUCUUUCACCGAGAUCUAGAGGAGCGUCGCUUCAGACGAUCCAGAGAGAGACGUGAACAUCAUCGGCUUCACCUCAUCAGUACCAUAGUAAACAUGAGAGUGUGCUGGAGUCACUCCCGACUCAUUAAUAUCUCCAGCUGAUGGAGCAAUACUUUCAUUUUCUGCUAAUGAUGGAUAGAACUGGCCGUUUUUCACUUUUACAGCAUAAGCUUGUACAAUCUUUGUAAAAAGCAAUUGUGAAUUAAUAUUUCUCAGGAUUAUGAGCUCAUUAACCCACAUUGGGGUGGUAUUUCUAUGGCUUCUUGUUUAAUACUAAACACGUUUUGCUCAAAUUAUGUGUUCCUCUUGUUAGAAUAGAUUUGUUUUUGUGAUUUAUGCAUCAUUAUGGAUGGUUGAUGAGGCCUGUGUUAGUUUUCUGUUGUUUGUAAUCACUGAUUAAUCUGAACUGAUUACUCAGGCUGGAAAAUAACUCGUAACCAGAUCUUAAUGCAUUCGUCCUGUAAAGUUUGUAAAUUAUGUGGAUUCUCCCUCUUUAUCAGAAUGAAAUGGUCUCAGAAUUGAGUUGAUAUUAUGGCCUUGUGCAUAAAUAAAAUGUAAAUCCGUGUAAAUGUUGUUGUUUUGCUGUCUUGCCUCUUGCCUAAUGGAAGGUAAACAUGAAACAUACUGACAGAAAAUGAUCUCAGCAAGUAAAAUCAGGCAUGAACACAAAAACGUCUCGUUUUUAACAAAAACUGCAGUUUUGAUUUGAUUAAAUAGACAUUUAAAAAU